GGGGUCCCCGGGUACCCCCAUCCAUCCCCGCACCCCCGCCCGGGAUCCCCCACACCCUCCCCGGGGUCCCCGUCCCCACCCGCACCGCCGCCCCUCUGUCCCCGCUCUGCCCUCGGGGGUGCCCCCGGGUCCCCCGCUCCUUCUCCGUGGGGUGCGGGUGCCAUUCCCCCUCCCUGCCAUCGGGGUGGUCCCGGGCUGAACCCCCCGGCGGGGACGCGGCGCGGCGGCCGGGGCUCAACCUGCCCGCUGGGGGCUUUGCUUUUUAUCCGUUUUAUUAUUUUUAGCAUUAAUUAUAAUUUCCAAUUUUAUUAUUAAUUUUUAACCCCUCCUCGCCCCGGCCGGGGAGCGCGGGAUGGGGGCCCGGGGACAGCCCCCGCUCUCGGCCCCCGGGGACCGCUGCCGGUGGUAGGUGUCCCCCGGGGCUGUCCCCGCCAGGGCCAGGGGACCAUGGGGCAGGGGGCCACGGGGCUGGCCGGGAUGCUCAGCCUGGCCGGGGCACUGCCAGCCGGGCCCCCGCUGCUGCUGGACGUGGGGCACACGAUUCCUCCCGGGGGGGAUGCUCUGAGCCACGGACGGGGCCUGGAUUGCUGGGAGGUUCGGAAGCACAACAGCUCCGAGUGGUGCCACUUCAUCCGGAGCAACCCCGACUGCCGGCUGGACGGGGGCUUCCUCGACUACCUCGAUGGGGUCUUCUGUGUCUUCCCGCCCCGGCUGCUGCCCCUGGCUGUCACCCUCUAUGCUCUCUGGCUCCUGUACCUGUUCAUCAUCCUCGGCGUGACGGCAGAGAAAUUCUUCUGCCCCAAUUUAUCAGCCAUCUCCACCAACCUGAAGCUGUCCCACAACGUGGCAGCCUUUUCCUUGACAUCCCCUCUCCAUGGUGUCACAUUCCUGGCCUUUGGAAACGGGGCACCUGAUGUCUUCAGUGCUAUGGUGGCCUUCUCCGACCCCCGGACAGCGGGGCUGGCCAUCGGGGCCAUCUUUGGUGCCGGUGUGUUUGUGACCACGGUGGUGGCCGGGGGCAUCGCCCUGGUCAAGCCCUUCACGGCUGCCUCCAGGCCCUUCCUCAGGGACGUCAUCUUCUACAUGGUGGCCGUCUUCCUCACCUUCGUGGUCCUCUACUUGGGCAGGAUCAGGCUGGGAGAGGCUCUGGGAUACCUGGGGCUCUACGUGUUCUACGUGCUCACCGUGGUGCUCUGCACCUGGAUCCACCGGCGGCAGCGGGGGGACGGGCUGGCCCCUCCCGGACCCUGGGAGCCAGAGAUGCCGACAGAUGUGGAAGAGCCGGAGCCCUCGGGCACAAACAGUGGGGACUAUGGGGAGGAGUACCGGCCCCUGCUGCCCUCCCAGGAGACCUCCCUGCGCAUCCUCACCACGGCCCUCAGCCCCUUGGACUACCGCAAGUGGAGGAGGAAGCCCUGGUACUGGAGGCUCUUCAAGGCUUUCAAGGUGCCCGUGGAGCUGGUGCUGCUGCUCACCGUUCCCGUUGUGGACCCCGACAAGGAUGACCUGAACUGGAGGAGACCCCUCAACUGCCUGCACAUCCUCACCAGCCCUCUGCUCUGCGUCCUCACCCUGAAGUCAGGCGCCUAUGGGCUGUACCAGAUCCAGGGCAUCUUCCCAGUCUGGGGACUGGUCACACUGGUUGCCUCUGCCCUGGCCCUCAUCGUCUUCAUCACCACAAGCAAUGAGGAGCCACCCAAGUAUCACUGUGUGUUUGCCUUCCUUGGGUUUUUGGCCAGUGCCAUGUGGAUCAACGCCGCAGCCACAGAGCUGGUGAACAUCCUGCGAACCCUGGGCAUCAUCUUCCAGCUCAGCAACACCGUGCUGGGCCUGACACUGCUGGCCUGGGGCAACAGCAUCGGUGACACCUUCUCCGACCUCACCAUGGCCCGGCAGGGCUAUCCCCGCAUGGCCUUCUCCGCCUGCUUCGGGGGCAUCAUCUUCAACAUCCUGGUGGGCGUGGGCCUGGGCUGCCUGCUGCAGAUGACCAGCAGCCAGCCGCUGGUGAAGCUGGAGCCUGACAGCCCCCUGGUGUGGGUGCUGGCCGGGGCGCUGGGGCUGAGCCUGGUGUUCUCCUUCGUGACGGUGCCAGCGCAGUGCUUCCAGCUGGGAAAGGCCUAUGGCGUCUGCCUCAUCGCCUACUACCUGCUGUUCCUGUGCGUGGCCCUGCUCACCGAGUUCAGGGUGAUCCACUUCUCCACGCCGUGAGCUGCCCCGGCAGAUCCAGCCCUGGAUCUGCCUCCCCACCCCACUGGGGUCGCGCUGUCCCCUCCCGGCCCUGGCAGGGGGACAAGGGCACCUCACCGUGCUGGAGGUGCCAGCCCAGCCCUCGGCCCCUGCUGUCCUUUGGGGAAGGAGCUGUUGGUGCCCACAGCCUCUCCUCGCUCUCUAAUCCCUGUAGUUUAAGGAACUCUGGGUGGGAGCCACGUCAAAACCUCAGCUGUGUCUGGUGGCAGUGGCAGGAGCAGAGGGUGGGGAGGCUCCAGCUCAGGGGCACAGCAGCAGUUUUGCCUCCUCAGCUGCUCCACCUUCCCCUGGUGAGCUCCACGCCGUGCUGUGGGACACAGCUGGGGCAGCUGUGCUGCACAGGGGACUGCCAAGGUCCAGGCACACUUUUGUCCUUGGGAAGGACUGUCCCCGUUGGCACCGUGGCCUGGAACAGCAGACAGGGCACAGCCAGACAGGGUUAAGGGCACACAGUGCUCCAGGGCCACACUGGGUUCAGUGCAAGCAAAGCCUGAGGGAAAAACAAACACCAAACCAAGGGAGGCUGGUUUCCCCUGCCUUUUUUAGUCAUGUUUUUAAACCUGAGUUUCAGAUCCUACUUUUCACCUCCUUCUGGGGUGGGCAGAGCUGUAGGAAAGGAUUUGGAGGUUUCCACACAUAGUGUUGACCUCUGGCAGGACUAGAUUUAGGCACUGUAAAAAAGUUGCAAUAAAAAAAUAAAUAAAAAACCCCCACAAACCCAACCUUGACUUUUGCC